UGGUGCUCACAUCGUCGCGAACGUUAUGUGUAAUCUAACCUAUCUCCGUGAAACGUAGCUGACAGUGCGGACGAUCAUCACUCGCGCGUUGCGCGAAAACGAAUUCCUAUUGCCGAGAGAUCAUUUCGAGCAUUGAUCCGUGGAUUUCUCAUUCUUUACCUUCAUCAAGUCAGAGGAUUGAGAUCGGAGUGUGAAGUCCCCGCCGGGUUCGAUGUAACAGGCGAUAACGGGUGGAGAAUAUAGAACGAAAAUGAGGAAAUUAAAUUAAUCCACAGACAGUAUAAGGUACGAUCAAAAUCGAGGGGAGUCGCGCUUCUCUCAUCGGAGUAACCGGACACCUUCCUGACGAGUUGUACGACCCAAAAGCCAGAAGUUCGAUCCUCGAAAGCCACAGCUUUGCGAAUGCACUGUACGGCGCUCUCGCCGGAAAGGCAUAACCUCUACCCGCUGCGUCACCUCGGCCGCGUCCCAACCUAACCUAACAGGCGGGUGGACGUUCGGCGGCGACUGAUCGCGCCACGGUCCUCUGCGAAGAUCGCUCGGCGCGCAUGGUCCGCACGGACAAAACGUGCUGUCGUCCGCCGACGCGGUAUCAAUCGGGCACGUCUCACACGAGCGGUGGGCUCGUUCAUAUCUCUCCCCGCGCCGCAUCGCACUUGCAUUCGCGCGGCGCCAUCUUGGGAAGAAUUUCGCUUUCCGCAUUUCGAAUGACCGAGUGUCAAAAGUCGAUAGUCGCAUAGUGUCGCGCGCCGAUUUUUCCAUAACGUGUCGCUCGCACGCCGCUGAUCUCCGCGUAGAGAGUGGUGGGCCGCCGCUCGACGACGAGGGAUACGCGGUGAUCAUUCGCCCAGCUCCCCACGUCUCUAUGUGAAUUUUCUCGCGGGAAAGAAAAGAAACCACUUUCUCACAACACGAGAGAGAGAGAGAGAAAGAGCGAAAGAGCCUGUAUAUGCAGUAUACGUGUAUAUAUAUAUUAGCCGCUCUUCUAUGUACAUCUAAGCGCGUAUACAUGCAUAUAUAUAUAUACAUAUAUAAAUACACGCUAAGAGAACCAAGAGAGAGAGACUAGGGUCUAAAAGAGAAACAGCCGGCACGAGGUGCGAGAAGGAGGUCGGCGAAGGUGUAGUCGCACGGCGAGGCCCGCGCGUAUUUUCAAGUCGCAAGUUUCGAAAUAACGUCGGCAAAACGGCAGCGGGAAAAAAGUCGGCGAAGAAGAUGGCGGAGAACGAGGAACUGGAGAAUAUGAUAUUGAGUUUUCGAGUGUCUGAGCUUCAGAUGCUUCUCGGUUUUGCUGGUAGAAAUAAGUCCGGUAGAAAGAACGAGCUGCAAGCACGCGCACUGGAGCUGUUACACUUGAGGUCACAUCCGGCUAUUCGACUAAAAAUCCGUGAACUAUAUAAGACAAUACAUACAUCUUACAGCAUACAUGACGCCGACCGUACAGCUUUCAUAUAUAAAUCAAGGUACUCAGGAACUUCUUUGUAUGUGAGAUCAUCAAAUUCGUCAUGUAGAUACGACAAACCUUAUGUCAGGCAAGAUCAAAUGGCAGCGCAUCAAAUCUACAGUCAAACUGGUAGUUCCACUGAGCCGCAAAUAGAUCAAACAAUGCACAAUAGAAAUUAUUAUUCGACAAGGCAAGCGAUGAGCCAACAACAGCAAUCUCAGGCAUCUGUCUCUGCUGGGAAAGAACUGACUCCAGCUCAUCAAGCGUCCAUACCUCAGGCACCUAGGACCAAUCCAGUGUAUCAAUCAACUGGUUAUACCAAUGUAACAGCACAACGUGCACCGAGCGCAGGAUAUGCAUACUCACCGUAUCCGCCCAAAGUCUUACCAUCACCUUUGCAAAUGCAACCCGCUACGCAAUAUCCGGUACAUCCAGACGUUAGAUUGAAGAAACUUCCAUUUUUCGAUUUAUUAGGAGAACUGCUGAAGCCCUCUAGUUUAAUGCCACAGGGAUCAUUGAGACUGCAAGAGAACACUUUUAUGUUUCACUUGACACCGCAACAGGCGACGGACAUAGCCAGUUCGCGCGACUGUAGAGCCGGUAGCAAAAUGGAUUACAUUGUACAGGUACAAAUGCGGUUCUGUUUGCAAGAAACGUCGUGCGAGCAGGAGGACUAUUUCCCCCCAAAUAUCACAGUUAAGGUCAAUUCGAAAUUGUGCCCGUUACCUAAUCCCAUACCUACCAAUAAACCGGGCGUAGAACCGAAGAGACCGCCGCGGCCUGUAAAUAUCAGUCCUUUAGUGAAACUAUCGCCCACCGUCGGCAACGAAAUACGCGUUUCAUGGUCGGCCGAUUACGGCAGGCGAUUCGCAGUGGCAGUAUACCUCGUCCGAAAGUUAACCAGUGCGGAAUUACUUAGUAGAUUAAAAAACCGGGGCGCCAGGCACUCCGAUUACACCAGGGGCUUAAUUAAAGAGAAACUAAACGAGGAUGCGGAUAGCGAGAUCGCUACCACGUCACUGAGGGUAUCGUUAGCUUGUCCCCUGGGGAAAAUGAGGAUGUGCACGCCGUGUCGUGCGUCGACGUGCUCUCACCUUCAGUGUUUCGACGCUUCGUUGUUCCUUCAAAUGAACGAGCGCAAACCCACUUGGAACUGUCCGGUUUGCGACAAGUCGGCGCUAUACGAUAAUCUCGUGAUCGACGGGUACUUCCAGGAGGUUCUGAACUCGAAUAAGUUAUUGCCAGAUGUAAAUGAGAUUCAGUUGCUGCAGGACGGCUCGUGGGAGAAUCUAGUGUUGAAGAAGGAGAAGGACAAGGAUAAGGAGAAGAACGAGGCGAAAGCCGCGGCCGAUUCGCGGGAGGAUAAGAUCGACGUGGAUACGGUGGAUUUAGACGAGACCAAUCUCACCACACCUGCACCAAAGGAGAAAAAGCGCGCAGUCGUGAUCGACUUGAUAUCGGACAGCGACGAUGACGACGAGGACAACACACCGACUCAAAGUACAAAGAAACAAAACACUAGUAGCAUUUCGUCGCCAAAGAAAUCACAGGCCAGCUCCAUCAGCAGUACAAGCGAAUCUCCCGAAUUGAUGAUCAUUGAUUUAGAAUAAAGGAUUGUGUGAUACACCAGUUGUGCGACACGAACUUUUUACCGAGAUUUUUCUCGCCAGCUCUGUGAGACGCAGAGCAACGACGGCGCUUUUUUUUCCGGCGUUUCUUCUGCAGUCUGUCGAAACUCAGAAGCAUCGGCACGCUGGAACACGAGCGCCGUGGUUCCCUCUCGGGAUGGUCGAAAAUGUGCAAGGAAACUUUCAUUUCUCUUUCUAUUUUUCUCCUACGUAAUUUUAAUCACACUGCAUUGCAUUCCGACAUUACAAAUACAACAGCUCGCGCCGCUUCGUCGAUCUCACUUGGCGAAUUGAAUCUAGUGCUAAAGUCGAGCUCGAUCUGACUGAGAUGAGCAAGUAUUUUAAUACAAUUUUCACUAUUUUAAGAAAAAGAAGUCGGUCCACGAAAUGUAACGCGUAAAUGAGAAUAAAGUUACCUUCAUCUUUUA